AUGUGUCAACUGUGCGGAAUAAAGAACGGUCUAGCUCGAUGGCCAAAGGCCGUGGAAGCCACGAAGCCUAGCCUCGAGCUUCUCGUCGAAAACGCGCACGAAGAACACGAAACAUGGAAGAAAGCCAAAGCGAGCGCGCCAUCCGAGUCCCUACUCGAAGUCUGUCGUCUCCUCCUCACUAUGAUCGAGACUAUCGAGGAGGAAAGAGAGAAAUGGUGGACUUCGCCCGAGAAACGCGCUCAACGCCAGCGAUUCGAACUCGAGGAUUCUAAGAAGUUCACUGAGCUGCAUAAGAUCAAUAAUGCGAUUACCGGGGAUGUCGAGGCUAUGCGCACGAGGCUUGGAUCGUAUGCACGCUGGACUCUGGAUAUGCGCGGUGGUCUUGAAGGCCUCUAA